AUGGUGUCUCUCGCAGCCCUCGGACGUCGUCUCGUCAAAGUCGUAGAUGAAGUGUGUCGGGAAAUCGAGAGCAAGGAGGCGGCCGUCGAUGUAUUGUGUCUGAGUCCAGGACUGUUGCAGAUGUAUACCAAAACAUCAGAAGACGUCCACCUUGCUGUGGCACUCGCCCACUACCACCGCACCUGCAUCGUCGUCAACCUCUUGCCCCUCCUGCAGAACGCUACCUCCCUCCAGCGAGCGAUAUUCAAGGGUGGAAAGUUUGAAGUGGAGUUUAUUCUAUGGAUAGAAUGGAGAAAGUUAUUGGUUGAAGACGGAGGAGAUGGUAGCAAUAUUAAGGAAGGAGUGGGCCUUGGAGAAGGUGUGGGAUGAUCUGGAGACCGAGUGGAAGAGGAUUGCUGGGGCAGUGGUGGACUAGUUUGAGUGGUAUUAGCCCCUCCAACGCCGUCUCUCACGUUGUGUCACGUUCAGGGACGUUUAUGAAAUGUGGACGAUGCAUGAUUUAGUGUUGUGUUGAGAGCGUGAUGGCCAGUAGCUACCUACCCUCGCUACCGCAGAGUUCAUGUGAACCACUGUUUUCUG